CAUCUGCCGACGUCAGACCUGCGUGUGGCGGUAGUUACAUCACGUAGCCGGCAUACUACUACCUCCAUACAGUCCGUGGGAUCUGAGGCUCUAAAGACUCCUAAAACUUUAAGAAUAAUUUGUUUAUAGGUGAUUUAAUUGGCGACACACUCCUUAAAACAGUUAAGAUGUCUGAUUAUGAGGAGAAUGAGUCGAAGUUCAUGCGAAAAGCAAAGGAGAAUCCAUUUGUCCCAGUGGGACUGGCUGGAUUCUUCGCCAUUGUCGGGUACAAACUGCUGAAAAUGAAAAAUCGAGGCGACACAAAAAUGUCGGUUCACCUGAUCCACAUGCGUGUAGCUGCUCAAGGCUUUGUGGUUGGAGCCAUGACUAUUGGGGUCAUCUAUUCAAUGUACAAAGAAUACAUUGUAAAACCCAGAGAAGAUCAAAAAGCAGUGCAACAAAAGUGAACAUGGACUCUAACCCUGACAUGUCAUGUCCCUUAAUAUUACCUCAUGUGAAGGUGUGUAGAAAGUUUAUCUUUACAGACGUGUCAUAUAUUUUGUAUGCACGCAUCCCAUCAGCAGCUCACCUCUACUGUAAAUUAGUAUAACUUAUUGAUUACCGCUAAUGCCUGUCCUCUAAUGCCUGGUUUCCACUGCAUGGUUCAGCUUGACUCAACUCACUGUUGAUAUCGGGUCCUUUUACUCUGUUUUGUAUUUCACUGCGGAAAGUACCCCCUCAGUUAAGGUGGGUUCGUCAUAGCAAUGCCGCAGUGAAACUGCUGGGACAUCAUCUGCAACAGGACACUCGCUGAAUCUUUUCAUCGGCAACCAAACACGGGAACGUCUGCACUUUGUUAAAUGUGUUAGUGUAGGGCGUGGUACUGCGGGCUGGCCAUUCUUUUAAAUCUGGGCCGAGUGAAUACAAAAAAUGGUGGUCUUUAUUGAUGGUAGCUUAGCUAUUUAAAAAUGGCGGUUUUGUGCAGACUGGAUUCUAGUAAUGAUUCUCUCUGACCAAUCAGUGAUCUGCAGUGUUUUAACUCCACCUAGGCUCAGCUCGCUUGGAACCUCAACUGAGAUAUUAACAAAAAGUGUGUGGGUAUUAAAAAUAAAAAUAUAAUAUUAAAAAGAACAUCUAUAAAAUCAUCAGAAAACAGUUUUACUAGUCUAUCACCAAUUUGAUUUAGAUUUAUGUUUUUGUUUUUCUUGUCGUGUUUAUUUUCUUGUGUCACACCAGCUAUAUUUAUUAAAAUUCUUGCACCUUAACCCACUUUUCCUUUGUUAAUGGGCAUCCUACUGCAUUAGGGGUGUGUUAUUGAAGGCUUUGAUAUCAUGUGGUCUCAGAAAAGGCCUGUGCUCUUACAUUAUUUAAACAAGGCUUGUGACUCACCACAGUAUCAGAUAAUUAAACAAAACAAAUGUAUAAAGUAAUCGCAUGGAAAUUAGAAAACGGAACAAAAACCAUGACACGAAACCAUAUUAGUUCAUAUUAUGUUGUGAUACACACUCAAAUCUUCAUGAGACAUGUGCUAAACUGACUGAGGUACACCUACCUGUGCGGUGACCUAUACAAUAUUAUCAUAUAGCCUACCUUGAGAUAUGUUUAAAUAGAUGACUUGUCAAGUUAUUUAAGCAGUUUAGUUUUGAAUAGUACAGAACAUGUUAAUUUUGAAAGUUUUGUUUUUCUUGAAAUAAAAAUGACCUGUCUUGUAAUCCUGAAA